AUGGCGGGCAAUGUACGUGUACCUUCGCAAUUGCUGAUGACAUCAAAGAAAAAUAAGAGAAUUAAGAAAUGGGAAAACUUGAUAUUGAAAAAGAUUAAAGAUCCAUGGAGACAAGAGCAAUACAAGCCACUCGUUCUUGUAAUGGAGACAACCCAGACAGGCCACGUAGCAGCUGCAUUUAAAUAUUUUGGAGAUGAUGGCUAUGUUGGUCAGCAACUUGACAAGGGAACCGCAUUCAGAGGAGAUUCCAUACUCUAUACACAUGCUCAUGACACUGCUGUAAAGGGAUUUGUUUAUUUCAUCGAGCUUUUAGUUUUCUUUGAAAAAGAAAGAGUGAUCAUCAUGGCCAGUAAAUAUCAUGUUAGAUCAAUCAGUUUGCCUUCAAGGUCACAUCCUAGCACCAUCAAAAUUGAAGAAGAGUUGAGCAAGCUCAAGACAUUGGAGGAGUCAUCAAGAUUGUUGUUAACAUCAGGGUCAAUUUGCAAGAGUCUUUCAGGACUUGAAGAGUUGUACAUGUGCUUGGAUGAUCUUCUUAAUAUGGCAUCAAGCCAACAAGUUCUGUCUCAGAAUCAACAUGAAAAGUGUAUUGAUGAAUUGUUGGAAGGAUCUGUAAAGCUCCUGGAUAUUUGUGGCAUCACAAGAGAUACCUUGUUGCAAAUUAAGGAACAUGAUCAAGCUCUUCACUCAGCCAUUCGAAGGCGAAAGGGGGAUUCAAGUGUUGAAAACAGCAUUGCUAGCUUCAUUUGUUUCCGGAAGAAGAUGAAGAAGGAUGCCAAGAAAAUGAUUGUGACACUGAAGCAAAUGGAUAACAAUCUCGGCGUAUCACCACUCCUGGAACAAGAUCAGCACCUCUCAGCUGUGAUUCGAGUUCUUAGAGAAGUUAAUGCAACAAGCAGCUCCAUCUUUCAGUCUCUCUUGUUAUUCUUUUCAGGACCAGGGUCAAAGCAAAAGCUAAACAGGUGGUCACUGGUCUCAAAAUUGAUGAACAAGAGAGUAACAGCAUGUGAAGAGAAGCAAGAGAUUGUGAAUGAGUUGGAAAGUGUGGAUUCUGCAUUGUGCGGCCGUGAUAUUGAGAAGAUGCAAAAUAUGCAUGAAAGAUUAAAGGCUGCAGAGGCCAGCAUUGAAGGCCUUGAGAAAGGUUUGGAGAGCAUGUUCAGGUGCUUGAUCAGAUCAAGAACCUCCCUCUUGAACAUAAUCUCCCAAUAGGCCAUUUUUCUAUAUGAGAAAUCUUGCAUAGGCAUCCAAAUUUUAGAGGAUCAGCUAAGGAUUUCAAUGUCAGAUUCAAAAAUCCUGUAAAAAUAUUAAUAUCUGUA